CAUUAGCAGACCUGAAGUAUUUUUCCAUGCUGGAAUUCGCAUCUAAAGCUGUGAGAGCAGCAAUGCCUCGCUGCAUUUAGAAACAGGGCAGGAGAAAUGCAGAGUGAGGAAUGUAUCGAGGGCAGACGUCUGACCGUAAACCUCGUACCCUGAAACGCAAAAUCAGCUGAUGCCGACCUUCUCUUGUGUACGCGGCACUGACAAGCAUGGAGGGGUUUGCACCUGACGCCGAGACAAACGGACAUCAUUUAUCCACCAUGACUGACAGCAAUGACAGUGAGGAAGAAAGCAGUCAGGAGGAGCCACCGGUGACCUGCUGGAGCGAGCUGUCCAUCAUAGAGCGUGUAGGCCUCAACAGUGUGGACAUGACAGAAAAGGACUUGGAGAUGGCCUUCUCUCAGAUCACCCUGGCCUUCCGCUGCGAUCAGUACACCCUGAAACAGAGGCUGCAGUCGGAGGAGCACGCACGCAACCUGGCCGAGGAGAACAUCCACCUGGAGCUCAGCCGUGGCAGGGAGACCCUGGAGACAUUGAAGGGGCUGUGUUUGGACAGUAAACGCAGCAGCAUCCUGCAGAGGCUGGAGCUUUCUCUGGACAUCCUCGGAGGGACAGUAGAGCGGAUCUCCAGCACAGCCGAGGUGCUCGGUGCCGUCCACCAGGAGGCUCGGGUGAGUCGUGCUGUGGAGCUCAUGGUGGCUCACGUGGAGAGUCUGAGGCGGCGUCAUGACAGACAUUUAGCCGAGCUGGAAGAAGCCAAAAACAAUCUGCAGCAGCAGCAGAGCUCUUACAGACACAGCAUCAAUCCCAGAACCAACCCAGCAGAACCAGAAAGACAGGAGGACAGGAAGAGGAGAAACUCUAAUCAGAGCGUCUUACGAAGGAGAGUCAGCGCAUCAAUCAUUUCCAGCCCAAAUCUGGAGAAGAAGAAGCGAGAUUCAAGGAAGAGGACGUCCUCCUGGAAGAAAAACUCUCCUCCACACUUGUCUCCAUCCCUGAGCUUAGAUGCCUGUAGCUUUGUGUUUACCCAAGAGGACAGCCACCUCUUGAAUGAAAGACAACCAAACCCAGAUCCACCAGGAGAUUGUCUUACGGACCUUUCUGCUCCCAGCCCAGAGAGCCAUCCGACAGAGGAAACGAUUGCUUCAAAUACGCACAACAGAAACCUCUCUCUGGACUCUCUGCGACAAAGACAGAAAGCCAAAGCAGCUGCACUAACCAAAGGAAAGGAAAGAAAAACGGCAACUAUCCAGAGACAAAUCUCCAUUGGCACGUAUGGGUCUCCAUGCAGGCAGGAUCCUCUGCUGGUCCGGCUGCACCGCUGCCGAUGGACGCGGAUCUGCACCAACCUGUUGGUGCUUUUCUGCGUCGUAAUGCUGACUUGCAUCAUGUGGAAGAUUCACGAAGGAGAGGAUGAGCCAUGACCCGUAAAAACUUUGGAAUACUCCACCCUCAUUCUCUUCAAGGAUUUAGCUUCCAGAAUAAAACCAUUAUGCAUCA